CACAAAAGAGACGAUGCACAACUGGCAGGAGAACGAAAUCAAAGAACUUCUGAACAUCCGGGGCUCGGAGGCGAUCCGUAACCAGAUCACCGGCACCGUGAAGGACUCGGUAGUUUACAACAGGAUGACCAAACUGCUGGCGGAGAAGGGGGUGUACAGGUCACACAUGCAGGUGAUCAGCAAGCUCAAGGCGCUCAGGAAGCAGUACACCAAGUACCACCAGCAGAAGAGCCGCUGCGGGGGAGACCGCGUCGACUGGCCCUUCUACGAGCAGUGCCACCGGGCUUUUGCGAACGCCCCCGUGGGUCACCCGGUGAGGCGGCACCGGAGUCCCACGUCUCCUCCUCCUCCGCCGCCGCCGACCACCACCUCCACCAACAACAACACCACGACGCUGCCGCCCGCAUCCACACCUUCACCGCCUUUGCCGCCUCCGCCGCAGCCGCCGCCGCCGCCCACCGCCAGCAGCGAGGAGCACCCAGAGGUGGUGGUGAGCCUCUGGGACGAGGUGGACGACCGGGAGAUCAACAAGCACCUGGGUCCGGUGGAGGCGGAGGACGACGAGGAGCAGUACAGUCCGGCGGAGCAGCUGCACACCAUCAAUACCAAUAAUGUGGCUUUCAAACCUGAAAGUGGGCUGUGGAGUUCAGAGGCGUACACAAUCCCCUCAAAGAAAAAGAAAACGACGGUGAUGGAGCAGGUUUCCACUCUGGUGUCGGCGACCGUGGCCCAGCUCAGAGAGAUGGACGCCGCCAUGCAGGCGCAGGAGGACGCCCGGCUGCAGAGGCUAAUGGACCACGAGAGGGAAAUGCAGAACAAUCUAAUGAGCCAGCUCAUUGCCAUGCACGAGAGGAUGAGUCGAGAAAACCACGAGAGACACCUCCAACUCGUGGACAGGAUAUUGUCCAGGUUCCCUUCACAGUCGGGACCGUCGGACCACUGACGGACUCUUCCUCCUCAGACUCUCCUCCACCAGCUGACCAGUGCCUACGUCCACACUCCUCCUGUUUUUACUGCAGUUCUCAGCAUAAGGAAAAUAACUGACACUUGCCUUUUAACCUCAACAGUUGUAGCUCCGACGGAUCCAGGAUGAAACCAGGUCGUGUUCACACUGCAGCCGCUCCGGUUCUCUGCCUGUGUGACUUUGUUUUCAUCUGUUAGUUAAACAAUUAAACCGCUCUGGCAUUGAUUAAACCCCAGAAAUUACAUCUCUGCUCAUCACAAUGGAUGCUUUUUUACGUUAAAACACUGUAAAGCUACAGUAAGCUACACAUGUCGAAGUAAUUCAGUCACACAUGCUCAAGUCGGACAUAGAUUUUGAUGAAGAACGAUACAGAAAGCUUUUGUUGGUUCUUUAGGUUUGUUAUGUAUGAAACUCUUAAGUCUGUUGUUGAGACUGUCAUCGGUACCUUGCAUUUCAAUUGAGUCGGCUGCUUAUUUCAGUCAUGUUUUGUUGUCUAACUCAUCAUAGGUACGUGUUAACCCUCUGAACCCUCCAGCAUUUUCUUGCUCCUGCCACAUUUUUACUCAUUUGUCACGACUAUGUAAAGUCCUGCACCUCUAUGGAAACAGCACAAACAUGGCUAGAAGGAAAAAAAGUAAAUAAAUUGUGCGAUAUGACAUAAUUUGUUCAUAAGGGGGGGGGAAAAUGUGAUUAAAAAGAUUAUUUAUUUGAUAAAUAUUGGAAUAUCAUGUACAGUAUUUUUCCAAAUGGACUCUACAGAUUACAGAUACUUUAUUAUCUACAUUUUUAAUUUAUUUCUCUAUAUAUUUCCGUCUAUUCUGUGUAAACGCAGCCUGCGGUUUAGCUGAAAAGUUUGAAUUUUUGUCUCAUUACUGCUGGCUGCAGGUCACAGUGGCUUCCUGUUUUGUUU